AUGUUUUCCCAUCUGGACUCUCGCCUUAAGCAAAUUUUCUCCAACGUUGAUACUCCCUUCGGAGGCAUUUCGGUCAUCGUGUUCGGCGAUCUUAGGCAAUUGCGGCCAGUUUGUGAUCGUUGGAUUUUCCAGCCGCCGUCGCAUGAUCCAUACAGCGCUAUAUUUGGAUCCCACCUCUGGAGUCCUUUUAGGUUUUUCGAGCUCACAGAGAUAAUGCGACAGCGAGAUGACCAGCCGUUUGCAAUAGCACUCAACAACAUGGCGUCCGGCCAAAUGUCGUCUGAAGAUAUUGUCCUACUUAGAGGCCGUACUUCCGUAGAAAGUCAGAUUCCAAAUGACGCCAUUCACCUUUUUUCAAGCAAUCAGGACACAGACCGAUACAAUAGGGAGAAGCUCAACUCGAUUCCCACUGAUCAGUUCAUUUCGGAAGCCAUUGACUCUGUAAAAUCUGCACAUAUUAGCUCAGAGCAGGGGAACAGAUGUCUGGAACAAGCUAGGGCAUUAAAAACAUCUGAGACACAAGGUUUGUGUACCUCGCUCAUUUUAAAAACCACUGCUAAAUACAUGAUGACGGUCAAUGUAGACACAUCAGAUGGUCUCGUAAACGGAGCCACUGGUGUCCUUAGGGAGAUAGGUUUCAACACGUCCAACUCUCCAAACAUUCUUUGGAUACAAUUUUUAGAUGACAGUAUAGGAGUAGCUGCACGAUCAAAGUGCAGUCAUCGCCAAGAGGCUUCAUGGACCCCAGUAGUUAAGAUCAUAAAAAGCUUUCAGAUUAAUUCUAACCAGGCCACAACCAUUGACCGAAAGCAGUUUCCAGUGGUACCUGCAGAAGCAAUAACUAUUCACAAAAGUCAAGGCGCUACGUACAGCAAAGUGGUGGUUCACACUAGUCCUAGCAUGCAGAGAGCUGCGCUGUACGUAGCCUGUAGCAGAGCCACAAGUGCAGCAGGGCUCUAUAUUAUUGGACCUUUCGUCCCCCAAGAUCCGCCCAGGGAUCGGCUUCCGAGGAAGAGCUCCGAGAACUGCGUUCCACUAAGUUACUGA